CGCUGCCGCCAAAGCGAACUCGGGCCAGUUGGAGUGGUGCGACCAAAGUCUUUUAUCAAUCGGUCAAGAACGUUUGUCGAAGUUGAACGCGUUAAGACGCGGUCGCGCGUAUUCCCAACAAAUUACAAAAGCAAAGCUUAUACUAUAUAAAAUACUUAUAAACAUAUGUGUUUGUAUGGUACUUAAACGAAACUAAUUGUUUAACAAUAAAGUGUGUGACAACAACAACAAACAAAAACUAACGAAUGAAAUUGAAAUGAAAUGAAAGAAGAGUGCAAAAGAGAAUCUAAAUAAAUGUGAAUUCAGCAAAGAAUUUCAAUUGAUUUCAUUCCAUUUUGUGCAGACAUAUUGUACAGAUGGAAAAAAGUCGAUCUUAAUUAAAAAUACAAAUGUACAUACAUAUAUACAUAUUGAAAUACAAAUCUUCGUAACAAGUGCAAGUGUUGAAGUGCAAAAACAACGAUAACAACUACUUGCAGUAGUAACAUAUUGCCAUGUGUAUGUAUACAAAAAAACAGCUCAGGUUUUAACUAAAAAAAAUAUAAAAAAAAACUAACAAAUACAAUAUAAAGUGUUUAAAAAUAGCUGUUCCCAAAGGAAGAAAAAGAGAAGAAAACAUAAUAAAAAUAAAUAAAAAAAUUUCAAAUACUCGAGCACAAUUUGUAUGAAGUGGUACCUAAGUAGUAGUGAAAGAGUAUAUGGAAAAACAAGGAAGUGUUUAACAAACAACCCAAACUAUAAACUCGCAUGAAAUAAUAAUAAAAACUACAAGAAAGAACAACAACAAUAAAUUUGACGAAAAACCGGCACCAAACCGGCUUGAGCUCACGCUCAAAAUACAACAAUCGACAUUUCUACUACCCAUCCUCUUAUUACCUAAUUCUUUAGACCGGCACAAAAGCAACGUAGAACAACAAACGAUAAGUGAUUUUUUGUGUUCCCCGUGAUUUUUGUACGCAUUACUGCGUGACAUCAUUUGAAAGGUCCAGAAAUUUCAAUUUGACCGUGUUAGGCGAGUACAAAAUUUGCAGCAGCGACAGUGAGGCAAGGCGGGGUGUACAUGAGAGCAAGGCCAACAGGCCUGAAAGCCUGUUAAGCGUCGAUUAUAUACUUAUUGCACAGAGUUUGUGGAAAAAAGAUAAACGCGCACUAGUAGGCGUUUCCCAGCGACCACACGCCGCGGCGUCGGCACCAACGCCAUUAAUUAACCACAGCCAGGCAACGAAGGCUUUUAAUUAGCUGCCUCACAUAGUGCUUAUCAGCUGUGUAUCAGCGCGUGCCGCCACAAAUAGCCACACCAGCAACAGCGACCCGACCGCAACAACAGCAACAGCAGCAGCAGCACAGCGUCCUAGUGACCGCAAUCUAUGCACCGGCUGCCGCAAACGUGUCAGCAUUUGUCGUAAAAUGACCGAGAAUCAAAUAUUUUCCAUGUCGACCGAUCUAUUCGACACCUCGUCCAACAGCAGCAAUCCACUCAAGUGUGAUCUCUUCUCGUUGGCGCUGAGCAACAGCAACACUUCCAGUCUACUUUUCGGCACAUCGACGCUGCCCGCAUUGAGUCCAUUGCAGCAGCUGAAUGUGAAUACCAUUUUCAAUACAAAUUCCAACUCCAGUCCCAAUUCCAAUUAUCUUUCAAACGACCACCACCAACAACAACAGCAGCAGCAACAGCAACAUCAACAGCAGUCGCACACAUUCACCAGUGGCGGCAACGUUGGCAGUGGUGGCAGCAUCACCGGUAGCAGUAAUGUGAUGCUGACCAACGCCAUCAGCAUACCGCGCAGUAAUAAUCCCAAUCAGAGUCAUAAUCCCUGGACGCAGGAACGAGAUUCGCACCAUCAUCCCAGCCCCAGCCCCUUGCAGCAUCAUUCACAUCAUCUCAAUAGCCAUAAUCAUAACCAAACAUCUUCCAUGAUGUCUGCACAACAACAAAAUAACCAACAGCAGCAGCACCAACAACAACAACACCAGCUGCAACAGCAAUCGUUGCAGCACUCACAGCCUCGUCUCUUCGUCGACUUCUCCGAUUACGGUUUGGAUGUCGCCUCGCUGGACGCUGCCUCGUUGUCACCAACACUGUUGCAAGACGUCAGCUUGGGCGCAGCUUCACCGCUGCACGGCAUCACGUCCAACGGUUUCUAUGCAGCCUCGCCGGUCAGCAACAGCGGCAGCAAUAGCAUAGUCGGUAGCGUUGGCACUGUCGACUCGUCCAGCACGCUAUUGGGUUUGAACGAUAGCAUACGCUCCGGCGAGGAUGGCAACAAUUCGCUGCUGUUCGAUGUCUCCGGCACGCCCAACUCGAGCGCCAUGUGGAGCGACAUCAGCAAUGCCAUCAUCACCAAGCAUGAACCAUUCACAUUGGAGGAAGACUACAUAUUCCCCAUAGAUAAGGCUGAGAUACAGGCUGCCGGUUUCGGUGAUAUACCGGAUGAUCAUUUCCUCGAUGUGAUCGAUAACUUUGAUGAGCUACUGAAUAGUGGUGCUGGACAGAAUGAUUUCAUUCUAUCGCCACAACAGAAUAAUAGCUCAAAUAAUUUACAACAGUUGAAUAGUCCACAGGCUUCGCCGAGUGGUGGACCGCCAAUGGAGUUGCUGCAGAUGCAUAAGCAACAACAACAACAACAACAGCAGCAACAACAAUUGACACAACUGCAAACGGCUCAGCAGCAACAUCAGCAGCAGCAAUCGCAACAACAACAACAACAACCACGUAUACAGCACAGCAACAGUGCUGGCGGUGCCAUACACACACACCAUAGCCACCACAACUCUUCUAGUCCAUAUGAAAUCUACCACAGUACACCAAAUAAACAGCAACAACAUCAGUUGAGUAGUUCGGGCUCGAACUCAUUUUCACCGGGCAGUCAGGCCUCGCAUUCGCCACUUCAACUGAAUUCCAUUACACCACCACCACCGCCACAUGCCAAUCGCUCACAAAGUUUGCAGGUGAAGUCGCGCAACAUGUUGGAAUUGCAGAAGAAGGGCUUCUCCAUGUCGCCCGAUCGUAUCAACGGCAGUGCCGGUCUAUUGGGUCAAUCGGUGCCGGGCAAUAGUCACUUGUUGCUCUCCGGUAAUGCUCUCAGCCCCAGCAGCGGUGGCAGUAGUAGCGGUUUCGGCAGUACCACUGGAGGUGGCAGUAGCACUGGUGGUUCAGUGCGCAAAUCGUUCCAGUACCCAUUGGAUACGUCCAUAUCGCGCCUGUCCUCUUCGGCGCCCACACAUCUCGGACUCGAACACAUUUGGAUGCGACGUGAACCGCGACAGCAUUUGUUGUCCACUGGCUCGCUGGCCGAGGCGGAAUCGUUCUCGUCACUUAGCACCGGUAGUGUGUUGUCGCCGGAUGGUAUUGAAUUAUCGCAGGACGAUGAUGACGAUGCGUCGACAGACUAUAAUAGCGACAAUUACGAUGACCUGUCGAGUGAUGGUUCUGAUAAUGAUGAUGACUCGCGCACCACCAUCUCCGGCCAUAUGUCCAGCAAAGGAAAGGAGCGCUACUUUUGGCAGUACAAUGUGCAAGCUAAGGGCCCCAAAGGCAAACGACUUGUAUUCCAAUCACGUCUGGAGGAUCCGCACGUCUUGAACGAGGCCACCGAUCCGGUGUUCAGUCCAAAUUGUUCCGUGCGCGGUAUCAAGGUAUUCAAACACAGCGGCAAGGCGCGCAAAGGUGAUGGCAAUGAUCUUACGCCAAAUCCACGCAAACUGCACGUCAUCGGCAAGGAGCUGGACAAGCUGGGUCGCACCAUCAACGACAUGACACCCGUAUCCGAAUUGCCCUUCAAUGUGCGUCCGAAAUCGCGUAAAGAGAAAAAUAAAUUAGCCUCACGUGCUUGCCGACUCAAGAAGAAAGCUCAACACGAGGCGAAUAAGAUAAAACUGUUUGGACUGGAAAUUGAACACAAACGUUUAAUAAAUGGCAUUUUCGAACUAAAACAAGCUUUGGCGCUCAAAUAUCAAAACCAAAACAAUGGCGAGCACACCGAAGCGAUUGAUCAGCGCAUUGAACAGAUCUACAAAACGGCACAAACUGGUCUGCGCAUAGCUGGCGACACUACUGACUUUGUGAACAAAGUGCUGGAGAAUGUGAAGAGCGGUGUACCAAAUGGUGGUCUCGAGGAUCUGAGGCACUCAUAGAAGCGUGCCGGAAGUGUUGUGAGAAAUCGGAGAUGUGAAUAGCUAUUAAGGAUAAAUAUUGGAGGCUCAAAAGUGAAAAUGAAAAGCGAUACGCAGAGGGAAGAGUGUAAAAACGAACACAAACAUACUGUAAUGGCAACUGUAGUCGAGGAAGAGAGGGAUUAAAAGUUGCUGGCAAACAAAAAUGAAAUGAGUGUGAAUGCUGGACUGACUGGCGAAAGAAAGUAAAGAAUUUACGAGGAUUUUUCUGCAGGAUUUUGUGUGUUAUAAAAGGGAAUUUAACAGUUGUUAGAGCAUAACUGUUAACCAAGAAUGAGCAGGAAACAUGGUUUUAUGUCAACAUAAAGUUGUUAAAUGUAAACGAAAGAGGCCACAGUUAUAUAAUUACACAUAUGUACAUACAUAUAAUAUAUAUAUAUAUAUAUAUAUAUAUAUGAACUAGCUUUUAAGUGCUAAUGUUAUGCGGUGAAAAGUAAUGGUUAAUAAGCGGGUGUUAAACAAUAUAAGGUUGUUGAAGGAGUUUAAUUAAAUGUGAGCCACAUACAUAUUUAUAUAUAUACACACAUGCAUAGAAGCAUAUAAAUGUUGGCUGUUACAUACAUAUAUACUUUCGAUUUAGAUAUGUAUGUGUAAUUGCCUAGGCUUUAAGGUUUUUUUUUAAGUUUUGCUUUUACAUGCAAAUGAAUGCAGAAAUUUUAAAAACACACAUAUACAUACAAACAAACUUACUACAUAAUAUAUGUAUACAUAGAUAUAGAAAUAAACAACUAUUUUCGAUAUAAAAAUUUAGUGAGUUCGGCAUACAAAAAUGAAUUCAUGUUACUGAUAAGAACAGUGUGAAAAAUGUGUAUGAAACACACACGUGUGCAUGGGUUGCUGCACUUUUAGGCGGCGAAACGCCUCAACGAAAAACAUUGUAGAGCGACGCAACUUAGUUAUUAAAACAUAUAUUUUUACACACAUAACUACACAUAUACGUGCAUACAUUUUAUAUAUACACAGCAUAUUAUUAUAUUAUAUAUUAAGCGUUUUCUUUUCUAAUUACUGUUAUAUUAUUAACAAUUAUAAUGAAUUAUUUGCUUAAAACAAUCUUUAAGUUUAGUUUGGUUGCUAAUGUUUUGCGUUUAAGUUUUUUGUUUGUUAAAGAAAUGCUGCAAUUAAUGUGAAUACUGUUUUGAAUAUGAAAAAAUAAUAAUAAUUUUUAUGAAAUAUUGUGCUUAGUGCAUAAUUUCAUACAGUUUAUUUAUGUUUUUUUUUUUUGAAUGAAUAAAGAUUUGUGUUAUGUAUUUUAGCGCUCAUUUCAACUAGCUUUGAAUAUUAUACUAUAUACAACAAUAGUUGUUUAACGUACAUUUUGUUGCUUGAUUUUGUUGUGAAAACAAAAAACACCUACAUGUACCUUAAUUUUUUAUGGCACACAACGAAUUGCAGCGUUAAGCCAAACUUACAAAUGAACGCACGCCAAAUAAUGCUUGCUAAGAGAAUUGGCUUUUUAUAUAUACAUACAUAUGAAAUAUAACUAUUUUAAAUAUAUUAUAACAAUGCUACCUUCAUAAUUUAAUAAUAAAAAAAAUUUGCAAAUAUGCUUGUUUUUUAAGAAAAAAUAAAAAAAAUUAAAUGCGGUUAAAAAUGCAUACGCGCCAUUUACCAUUGAAUAUGCAUAUGUAAUUGUUUGCUUUAUAUAAUUAUGGGUAUUUGGUUGCUUUACUUUAUACGUAAUUAGGCUGUAGUAGCAAUUAAAUGCAAAUGCACUUACACAAACACGCAUACAUAAAUACAUAUAUACCACGUGUAUACAUAAUAUAUGUACAUAUAUAAUUGCUAUAAAUAUACUAUAAAUUUUAUGAACUUCAACAUAUACAGGGUGAUAUAAUUCUAAUUAAUUUUAAUUUUAAUUUUCUUUAUAUAUAAAGGAUUACAUAAUAUGUUAAAAAAUAUGGCUAUUUUUAAUUAAUUAUUAUUUUUAAGUUUUAUUUUCAUGCUUAAACUAGUUGAUUUCUGCUUAAUUUAAUCUAAUUACUAUGUUUAUACAUAUAUUUUAUAUAAGCACACAUAUACUAUAUGCACACUUGUGUAAUCUAAAACUCUAAUUUUAAUUGAAAACCAUAAAUACUUGGAUAAUAACGCAAUUGCUCUGAAUUGUAUAUGAAUUAUUUUAUAUGAGACAAAACAAAAAAAAAAAAAAAACACAUAAAAAUAAAUAUUCGCAAACUACGAAGAAAUAUAUUUUCAAACAAAUAAAAGAGAAACAAUUUUCGAAAACAGAAAAGCCAUAAAGUGCAUUGCUGAAAAAUUUAAAUAGUAAAAUUAACAAAAAAAAAAAUAUGUAUACUAUAUACAAAAUAUUUGAAAUUGAAAUAUACCAAGUUGCUAAAAUAUUAUUUUUUUUCAUAUUUAACGCUGAAUUGAGGCACUCGUGAACAAAUUUCUGAACAUUUAUGUUAUAGAGAGAAUUUUUUUUUUUAUUUUUAUUUAAUAUACAUACAUAUUUAACAUUGUAUAAAUACAUUUAUGUAUUUUUGUAGUAUAUAAACUAAAAAAUGGAUGGAAUUUGAAGCAUUCUUAACAAAACUGUAGUGCUGUCUCUGGGAAAUUUGUUCAAGUGUGUCAAUGUGCAGCAUCGGAUUUUACAAAAACGGUUGCUGUUGUGAGUUAGUCAAGUUUACAUUUUCUAAAAACAGUUUUAAAUUAAUAAAAAUUCUUAAAUAAUAAUUAUUGAUAUAUUUUUAAUUUCGCAAACUUUGAAGUUUAUUAUAGUUUAUAUAUAUUUCAUGGAUUUAUUAUUUAAUGAAUUUCACUCAAUUUAAAUUUGUCUAAUUAUUUUUCCCUUUUUUAUUGUUUUUUCCUUAAAUUCAAAGAGUUGUUUUUUAUUUCGUAUUUUAUAUUUUUCAUAUAAAAUAUAAAACAAAUAUUUAUAUUAUUUUAGUUUCUGGUUAAUUAUUCUUUUAAAUAACAUUGUUUGUUUUUAAUACUCUAUUCUAUUUUGUUAAAUUUUUAAUAUUUUUAUAUUGAUUUUAUUUCAAAUUUUUUAAUUUAUUUAGUUUUUCAUUUUCAAUAUUUUUAUAUUUAUUUUAUUUUAAGCAAUUUAACUUUUUUAUAUUGUUGGAAAAAUGUAAAUUUUAAAACAAUUAUUAGUUUUGAAUUGAUACAAAUGAAAUUUUUUAUUUUUUCUUAAUAUAUUUUAAUUUUUCAUUUAUUAAUAUUUAUAAUUAUUAUUAUUUAUAAUAUGUAUUAUUUAAUAUUUUUAAUUAGUUAAUUUUGUUUUUAUUUUACUAUAAUGUUAGAAAUUUAUUUUCUAUUUUUUUAUUUGUUUUUUUUAAUUUAAAUUUAUUAUUCAAUAAAUAACUUUUUUAUUUAACUGCCACAACUAUUUAGGCUUGUCUAUGAAGCAACAGCAACAAAAGAAUAGUUUUAUUUUUAUGGGUAUAAAGCAACCAAAUAAUCAAUCAAGAAAACAAACAACCGAACAGCCACACCACAAACAAACUUAACGGGUUUCAUAUUGUACAAAAACAAAAUUAUAAAAAUCAAAAGAUAUAAAAUUUAUAAUGACAGCAGAAACAAUAAAAUAUAAUUUGUAUAACCAGAAAAAUAUAAUUUUUAUAAUUGUAAUAUGUACAUAUACAAACAAACAUAUUUUAUAUUUAUAUAAACCUUAAAUUACAUGCCGUUACACAUACAUAAACACAAAUACAUACGCUAUAUAUAUACUUAGAAAUUUAAAAUUUAUUAAUUUAAUGCAAUGCAAAAACCUUUGUGGAAAAAAAAUACUUUUAAAAUAUGAAACAUAAAAACAACUUAGAUUCUAUUGAGUUUUAUUACUUUCAGUGCUUUUAUUUAUUGACAUCCACUUUACCUUCCUACCUACCUAUUUAUUGCCUUUGCUUUUGUUCACGUUUAAUUUUGCUUUUUUGCAAUUUUAUUGAAAAAAAGUUGUUUACCAACACUUUGAAAACAAAAUUGUUAUAAAAAAAAAAAGUUUUUAAAACUAUUUUAAAAAUUUUUAUUGUAGACCCUCUUGUCUAUAUACACAUUUUUCAGCAUUUAGUUGUUCUUUCUAUGCACUUUUUGCUUUGAAGACACCUCUUUGUUUGCUCUAAACAUUCUUCUUUAUUAUCUUCUUUAUUAGUUAGUUUUCAAAAAUCGAUUUUUUCUAGUAGUUUUGUAUAUAUUUGCUGAAUUUCCAAUUAUUUAGCAGCUUGUUUGUGAUUUGAAAUUUUGAGUACAAAAAUAUUACAGAAGUUCAGUUCAAUAAUAAGUAGGUACAGUACAACAAUAAAUGUUUAAAAGCAACUGUUAUUUGUUUCACUACACUUAAAAUUUGCAAAGUGGUGCAAAGUGUGGUGAAUUUUAGUACAAAUUUAUUUUUUAAUAAUUUUGGAAUUUUUUUUUCAUUGUAUUCAGUUUAGAUUAUCUAAAAAAAAAAUUGAAUUUUUAAAAUUUUACAUUGAUUUUCGAUUGUUAUAAUAAGUUUGAGAGGUCUACUUAGCCGUGAGGGACCCGAAUUUAUGUAUAUUGCACCAAGUUUAAGUUAGCCAAGGCAACUUAAUUUAACAUUUUUGAUUAUUACAACAACAAUAAGAGCAACUAAUAUCGGUUUUUUAUUUUAUAAAUGAAUUUUGCAAACUGAACUUCUGUCUCUGCUACGUUUAAGUACCUUUGGCUGUUAUUAUGUAACGCUUUGUGUUCAAAUUACUAUCAAAAUUAGUUGGCUAGAAGGUUUUUAAAAGAAAUAAUAUGUGUUAAAAAUUAUAGAGAAGUAAAUGUUUUGCUUACUGCGCCUAAAAGUAUGCAGCAUUAGCAGUGCGUAUUUUUGAAAAAAAAAAUUAGAUUGAAUAUGGUUUUUGGAACUUUACAAUCUCUACGUUCUCUUAUAUGUACCCAGUAGGAACACAGUAGUACACACGACUCAGAAAAAUUUACGCUAUUUUAUUGGUUAUAUAAUUAUUUUUUGUAAUGCAAAUGUAAUGGAGUUGGUAAUGUUUGGUACGUUGCAAAGCUUAAGCUUUAUAGGAGUAUAUAAAUUUCGCACAGGGAUAGCACUAAAAAAAAAGAAAGCACACACGAAGAGCGUCCAUAAGGAGACACAAGCUGAAAACUCACAAAGAGCGUGGAAAAAAAUAAAGUUGCAAUUAUUUGUAGAAUUCUAGGUGUUCUUAAGACAUAUUUAUGUAGUAUUUAAUGUAGUUAUGACAACAAAUUAUGAAAUAUAUGAUGAAUGAUGAUUUGAAAAAAGAGCAUAAAUUACUAUAUAAUAUAAGCGAGAGUUCAAUGCAUAAAGAGAAAAGAAUUAAUGUGAAAAAGAGUUAAUUUUAGCAGUAAAAAUUAAAAAUAUAAUUUUGAAAUUUAAUAUUUUUAAGUUUUAGAAUUUUCAAAUUUACCAAAGUAGCUUUAGUUUUCAAAUUAAGUAUUGAUUCGAGAAAGCACAUAUGGAAUAUGUGGCAUGAGAAAGGAAAGAGCAAACGAAAAGUGAUCAAAUGUGUGGUGAAUAUGAAAUAAGAACACACAUGUUAAAUGAAAAGUGAUAAGAAUUUUCAAAUUCGCCAGCUACAAAAGUGGAGGCUACAAGUGGCAAGUGUGGUGUGGGUUAAAUAAGGAAUUUAGUGUUAAGGAAUUUGAAAUUGAAUGUAAGAAUGAUAUAAGUAUAUUACUAAUAUAUUAAAAAUACAUAUAUUUACAAAUAAAGUAAGGAUUAUUUAUGGCAUAUAAAUAGCUGUGCAAAUCAUAUGGAACUAAUUAUAAACUAAAAAACGCAACUAAAGUACAAUUAGAAAUAAAAAAUUGUAUUUAUCAAUUGAAAUGCUUAUUUUUAGUUUAAAAAUUAUCAGAAACCAUGAAUGCGCAUAAAAAAACAAUAUGAAAUAUAUUUUUUAUAGUUAUGUAUGUGACUUGAGGCUUCUUUUACAAUAACCGUUAUAAAAACUAUUAAAUAUAUAUAUCUAUAUAUAUAUAAUGACAAAAAUGUGGAGUGAAGUUUUCGCUAGUUUAAUCCAAGUUUCAAAAAACAAAAAAUUAUAAAAAUAUUACUUUGUUUUUUUGUUAAAUAUAAAUUUAGUUUGAAAAAGAAAAUGGUAAAAGUUUUUAAAAAAUUAUAUAAAUUUUCCAAUGUCAUUUUUAUGAUUUAAAAAAUGUUAAAAAUGUAAUUUAAUUUUUUUCACCAAAAUGUUGAUAAGUGUUCCAGUCACUAUGUAUCUAGCAACAUUGUUGCAGCAAAUUUUUAUGUUGCUGGCUAAAGUUUUUGGAAUAUAAUUUAGCUACUAAAGACCUAUUUUUUUAGCUAAAAGAAGUCUCAUAAAAUAUUUUAUUUAACACGAUUUUGAUUUUAAGUUUCAUGCAAGUAUAAUUUAAACCAUGCACGUAAGUUCCUCAAAAAUAUACUAAACCUGAAUUAAAAA